UUGCGGAGCGCGGCCGGGAUGCGAGCCCUCUGCUAGCCCCGGGCCAGGAGGCUUGGCAUCCAACCCCGAGGACUGGCACCCGGCGGGCACGGGGCCGCAGCUCCCCUGGACAGCGCCAGCGCCCUCGCCACCUCUUGCCCGUCCCCCCCCGGCCGGUCCUUGCCCGUGCCCCCCCGGCCGGUCCUUGCCCGUGCCCCCCGCGCGGGGCUGGCAUCGCCUGCCAGGUGGGCACGGGCUGGCGCGGCCGGGCGCCCGGGGGUCGGAGGAGGACGACGACGACGAAGGGAGCCGGGCAGGGGAGCGAUGCGGCCAGCGGCCCCCAGCCGGGUGGCGACGGUGGCGGUGCCCCCGGGCACGGGAGGAGCGCCGGGCGUGUUCCUGCUGGCAGUGCUGCUGCUGAGCUGCCUCCCGGAGCUGGGCAGAGCCGGGCUCGAGUUUGGUGACACCCUGCCGGACUCCUUCCCGUCGGCCCCAGCCGAGCCCCUCCCCUACUUUCUGCAGGAGCCGGGGGAUGCCUACAUCGUCAAGAACAAGCCCGUGGAGCUGCUGUGCCGCGCCAGUCCAGCCACCCAGAUCUACUUCAAGUGUAAUGGCGAGUGGGUGAACCAGAAUGGCCACCUCACCAAGAAGAGCCUGGACCAGGGCACUGGUCUGCUGGUGCGUGAGGUCCAGAUCGAGGUGUCCCGCCAACAGGUGGAGGAGCUGUUUGGGCUGGAGGACUACUGGUGUCAGUGUGUGGCCUGGAGCUCUGCCGGAACCACCAAGAGCCGUCGCGCCUACGUCCGCAUCGCCUACCUGCGGAAGAACUUCGACCAGGAGCCCCUGGGGAAGGAGGUGCCCCUGGAACACGAGGUCCUGCUCCAGUGCCGCCCUCCGGAAGGGGUGCCCCCGGCUGAGGUGGAGUGGCUAAGGAACGAAGACAUCAUCGACCCAGCCCUGGACACCAACUAUCUGCUCACCAUCGACCACAACCUCAUCAUCCGCCAGGCCCGGCUGGCGGACACCGCCAAUUACACCUGUGUGGCCAAGAACAUCGUGGCCAAGCGCCGUAGCACCACGGCCACCGUCGUGGUCUAUGUGAAUGGAGGCUGGUCCACAUGGUCGGAGUGGUCCUCGUGCAACAACCGCUGUGGGCGCGGCUGGCAGAAGCGCACCCGGACCUGCACCAACCCGGCCCCGCUCAACGGUGGCACCUUUUGUGAGGGCCCAUCUUUCCAGAAGGUUGCCUGCACCACCAUGUGUCCAGUAGAUGGAGCCUGGACUGAGUGGAGCAAGUGGUCAGCAUGUAGCACAGAGUGCACGCACUGGAGGAGCCGGGAGUGCACGGCCCCAGCUCCCCAGAACGGGGGGCGAGACUGCGGUGGCCUGCUGCUCGACUCCAAGAACUGCACCGACGGCCUGUGCAUGCAGAAUAAGAGAGUUCUAAGCGAACCCAAAGGUGACCUGCUGGAGGUCACAGGGGAUGUGGCACUCUACGCUGGGCUGGUGGUGGCUAUAUUCGUCUUCCUGGUCAUCCUCAUGGCCGUCGGGGUGGUCGUGUACCGGCGUGGCCGCCGGGACUUCGACACCAACAUCACCGACUCAUCCGCUGCCCUCACCGGUGGCUUCCACCCAGUCAACUUCAAGACCGCUCGGCACAACACUCCACAGCUGCUGCACCCAUCCAUGCAGCCGGACCUGACGGCCAGCGCUGGCAUCUAUCGCGGGCCCACAUGUGCUCUGCAGGACCCCGCUGACAAGAUCCCCAUGACCACCUCGCCCCUGCUCGACCCCCUGCCCAACCUCAAGAUCAAGGUGUUCAGCACCCCCGUGGUCCCUGGCCUGCCUGAUGGGGCCGACUUGCUGGGGGGGGUGCCCUCGGGCCCCUACCUGGGAGAGGACCCGCCUUUCCUGAAUGUGCGGAGCAGGAUGCUGGGCUCGCAGACCCUCCUCGGCUCCCCCAGGGAGCACGGGCUCGGCGCCAGUGGGACCUUCGGCUGCCUCGGUGGACGACUUACUGUUCCAGACACAGGGAUCAGCCUGCUGGUACCCAAUGGGGCCAUUCCCCAGGGAAAGUUCUACGAGAUGUACCUGAUCAUCAACAAAGCCGAGAACACCCUCUCUCCUGUGGAAGGUACCCAGACAGUAUUGAGCCCCAUGGUGACCUGUGGGCCCACCGGGCUGCUCCUGUGCCGCCCGGUCAUCCUCACCGUCCCUCACUGUGCAGACGUCAGCUCCCCGGACUGGAUUUUCCAGUUGAAGACGCAGUCGCAUCAAGGGAACUGGGAGGAAGUCGUGACGCUGGGUGAGGAGACCCUCAACACCCCAUGCUUCUGCCAGCUGGAGGCCAAGUCCUGCCACACCCUACUGGACCAGCUGGGCACCUACGUCUUCGUUGGGGAGUCUUGCUCCCGCUCUGCCGUCAAGAGGCUCCAGCUGGCCAUCUUUGCCCCCGCCCUCUGCACCUCCCUGGAAUACAGCCUCAGAGUGUACUGCUUAGAAGACACUCCGGAUGCACUGAAGGAAGUGCUGGAGCUGGAGCGGACGCUGGGCGGGUACCUGCUGGAGGAGCCCAAGCCGUUACUCUUCAAGGACAGCUAUCACCACCUGAGGCUCUCCAUCCACGACAUCCCGCACACCCAGUGGAGGAGCAAGCUGCUGGCCAAAUUCCAGGAAAUUCCCUUCUGCCACAUCUGGAGCGGCACCCAGAAGGCCCUGCACUGCACCUUCACCCUGGAGCGGUUCAGCCUGGCAUCCUCCGAGCUCACCUGCAAGAUCUGCGUGCGGCAGGUGGAGGGGGAGGGACAGAUAUUCCAGCUGCACACGACGCUGGCCGAGACGGCCGCCGGUUCCCUGGACGCCUUCUGCUCAGCCCCAAGUGUGUCCGGGACCACCCAGCUGGGGCCUUACGCCUUUAAGAUCCCCAUGUCCAUCCGCCAGAAAAUCUGCAACAGCCUAGACGCCCCCAAUUCCCGGGGCAACGACUGGAGGUUGCUGGCCCAGAAGCUCAGUAUGGACCGGUACCUGAACUAUUUUGCCACCAAAGCCAGCCCCACUGGGGUAAUCCUGGACUUGUGGGAAGCCCUGCACCAGGAUGAUGGAGACCUCAACACCCUGGCAGGUGCCUUGGAAGAGAUGGGCAAGAGCGAGAUGCUGGUGGUCAUGGCAACGGAAGGCGACUGCUGAGACGGUCCCCAGCUCUCUGGAUCCUGAUGGGUGUGUGGGCCUCCUGAAAAGAGACAGAUGGACUUGGGGGUGGAUGGGUGAGGAGGAGGAGGAAGAGACAGGGCAAAGGGCUGAGGCUCAGAAGAAAACAGGAAUGGAGAGAUUAUCUCUCUGUUCUCCAGUCCCCUCUUCCUUCUCUUCCUCCUUUUCUCCCAGAUUCCUAUCCUCCUUAGAGAUGACACCUGCAAUUGGUAGAAGAUCCAAGCACCCCUGGGUACUCUCUCCCCAACCCCCGCCCCCGCCCCAACAGCCGUGCUCAGCCAGAGAUCUGUAGGUGUCGGGUUAGGGUAUCCUGUGUUAUAGAUCUCUUCCUCCUCUUUCUCCUUUACCCUUCUCCUUUGAAGAUUCAAACUGCAAUCUAGACAAACUGCUUUCUCCUGUCCAAAAACCUCCAAACAGCUAGAAAAGCUAAGAGAAGAAGGAUUAAGAAAAACAAUCCAGAAGAAAAAAAAGAGGAAAAAAGAAACCAGUUUCUUAGGAAACGCAGAUUAUUUAUUAUCCAGAUCUUUGGAUGAACCCUUUUUAAGAAAAAAAAAAAGAGAAAAAGAAAAUGAAAAAAAAAAAAAGCCAAAAGUUGAAAACUGUUUUAUUGAGCGGGUGAAAGGAGUGAGUGCAUGGAGGCUGGGUGGGAAAGUAGGCUGCCUGGUUCUAGAGUAAGUGUGGCACCAAGGGGCAGAGGCAGAGAGAGACAGAGAAUUCUCCUUACCUGCGACUCAGACUCAGCAGCUGUGAAAUGCUCCUGGCAGGGAAAGUUUGAGAAUGCCGGCCACGGGGCAGAGCGGGAUUAAGCCAUUUGCUAUCCGAUGUAUCUCUGAAUGGGCCAGCUAGCCGAUCCACAGCCCUGGGCCACAGUAGCCAGUGGCCCAGAGAGCGGAUCAGAGUGUCUCUGCAGAGGUGGGGAAAAGGAGCUGGCCGAGCGUGCUGUGGCCAGCUUCUCUGUGGAUCAGCAGCCCUGCUUCCUCCCUGGAGGCUGAGACCUCUGUGUGAUGGAGGCUGGGGCAUGGGUCUCACUUCCCGCCACUCCCGAGUUUUGCAGGCUGUGGAAGAGAAUGGGGCCAGCCCGCCAUUCCCCUGUCCUUUGGCCAUGACUCGUCCAGCCUGGGAGUCUGAGCCCAGGAAAUAUCCGGGCUCAUCAUUGGGCCCUGGGCCUGCCCCUUUCAGGUCUGCAGCAUCAAACCUCCUGGACAAGGUUGGUGCAGAGGGAAAGCCCCACUUGGACACUGGCCAUUGACUUCAGGACCCAUUAGUCCCAGCAGGCCACUGGCCUCAGCUGGCCUCCCUGACUCCCAAGGCCUGAAACCUUUAACAGGCUGAGACUAGGAGGGGACUCCACCUGGGCAGACCUAUCCAGGGACCCUUGUCUGAGCUGUGCUUGAAUGGGUUUGGGCACUUUGGUGGGGGUUGACCCAGGCAAUUAGGGAAGGGGGCAGGGAAUGCUCUACUUUUUUCUCCUCCCUUCCCUGGGCUCAGAGCAAAGUUGAAGGAGCAGGAGGAAGUAACCAAGUCUGAAAGGCCAUUGCAGGGAAGACCACUGCAUCCGUCUUGGUUGGAGAAAGGCCAGCAGAUAAGGACAUCCAAAGGCUCAAGGCCCCUUCAAACCCUGGGCCAGCUCCCCUAGGUUCAUCCAUCCAAGGUAGCUUUUCCUCUGCACCCCCGCCCCCACCUGGGAGUGCUGGGGACGAGACCUCGGGCGUCCUGCAGGGAACCACGGGGGAAGAGCUAGCGGGGGCGGGGAGGUGUGGAGAGAGACCAGCUCAAAGGCCAUGCUCAGUUUUACAAGCCCGGGAUUGGCAAUGCUGACCAGAGCCUCGUCUUUCCCAGCUCUGAUCUCCGCUUGCCCCAUGAUUCCCUCCUCCAAGCUCCUUCCCCAGAUAGCCCCACUCUUGUAGGGAGGGGGAAAUGCCAGAAGGUCUUCGAAGAACCCCAGGUGAACCACUCUCCUUCACCCCCCCCCGGCUUCAGUCCAGCCCACCCUCCCCCUGCCCACUGGAUUCCCAGCCCGAACCUAUGGGGAGGGCAUAAGCACUGCUGGGAGGAGAGGCGGAGAACCGGUGGGCUCCGCUCCCUUCGGGGCCAGGUUGGGCUUUCCCUUUCUCCCUCCUGAGCCCACCUCAGGAGCGCACCUGGAAAUCCAGCCUAGACCCCGGCCCCUCCCUCAGAGCCCCCCGGGGCCCCUGCCUUCUGGCCCAGAUUCUGUUGGUUGCCCCGGCCCAGCUGGCUAAUUACCCGGUAAUCGCCUGGUAUUUAUUAUUUACAGGGCAAUAAACAGAGGAGUAUUUCUGCCCUCAAACCCGAGUGCGAGCGCUACGCGGUAAUUAGUUCUGGGGCUGCUCACUGCUAUUAUCCCGGAACCUGCGGGAACACGUAUUUCUGUGCAGUUCCUGGGAGCUCACCCCAGUGCCCCAAACCCAGAGCCCUUUGAAAUGCUGCUAAUUUAAAGAAGGUUUUGGUUUUUUAUGAUGCGUGGUCCCGGCUGGUGUCUGAGUCUGUGCCGCCACUGCCGCCGUUGCAUAAACGUGGCCGUGGGUUUGGGGUUUUAUUGCCAUUCUCACCAAAGGCAGCUGCUGGCGGUGGAAGAGGGAGUUGGGGGCGGGGGUGAUGUGGGGAGCGGGACAGCGCUUGCCUCUGAAACCUCCUGACUCUUCCUUCUCAGGGUGGGAUGGGACCAGGCCUGAACAGAAGAGGGGGGCUAGGGCUCUUUGAUGUGUGCAUGUGUGUGUGUGUGAGUCUGUGUGUGUGAGCACCCAUCACAGGCUCUGAGGCCUAGGGCCCUGGACUCUGCUCCCACAGAGCAUGCUAGGGUGACCCUCAGGGUCUUUGGCCCCCAUGGAGGCCAGGGCUCCCAGCUGGGUCAGGCUGGGGGAGGACAAAGGGAGAGGGGACCAGUGAGGGGAGGAGCUCCACGGCCCUAUUUCAGAAGUAGCAGGUGGAGCUCCCGAGGAGGUUGAAAGAACAUGGGCACCUCAGAUUGAUUAUUCCUCCUUGAAAUGGUACACAAGCUCCCCUCAGCCUGAUUUCUUCCAUGGAAAUGACAGACAAAACACCCUGCUCCCUGUCUUCUCCUUGCCCCGAGCCUUGGUUCUGACUACAGCAUAUUUGGAAAGUGGUGGACUGACAGCUUCCUGCCAGUGGCAUGGGCUCCCAGCUCCCCACGCACCCUGGGGCCAUCUAGAGAGUCCAUUCUCCAUACUCUGACCUGUGGUUCCCUGCUUGUUUCCAGGGGGAAGCAGGGGGUCCCAGCCAGCAGAAUUAGCUCCUCUCUGGAGGAAGGGGGUCAGGCCUACCGGGAAUGGGGAGGGAGUCCCACGGGAGGCCAUUUGGAGGUCCAGCUCCACUUCCGGUGUGACUGCCGACACCAUGUUUUCCAGCCUUGAACAAAGAGCAGAUCAUGGCCUGCUCCUACCUCGGUGGCGGGAGGUUGCCACAGCCAGAUCGGCUUCCUCGGAAAGCUAAGCUGGCCCCCACUGGAUGACUUUCAAGGCUGCUCUCUGCUCGCUCGGGCCAGGAUGGCACGUGGCCUUCAAAUGGGGAAUCUGACAGGGGAGGGGAUGUGACCUCCUCUGGUAGUUGGGGUGGGCGGAGGUCUUCCCUGUUUGAUACCUGUGGAGGGGCCUGACUCAGCUAGGUGAGGGGGUCAGAGGGUGAGGCAGGGUGUGUGGGCACCAUGCCUAACACUGGGAUGAGUGAUGUGCAGCUGGUCAGAGAGCCUGAGUGAGGCAGGGGUCUGCACACCUUCUCCCCCUUGAGCUCUGUUUUCAGGGUCAGGAGGUUGGGAGAGGGUGGGAUCCUUUCUCUCACAGAUAGCAGGAUCAGAGUCUCCAUGUACUAUGUGCCUCUCUCUCUCGCUGUCUCUCUCUUGCUCUCUCUUUCUCUCUUAUUCUCUCUGUCUCUUUCUCUCUGUGUCUCUUCCUCUGGUGGAUCAGGGUUAGCAAGGCGGGGGCUUUCCCCAAUCUGUGCGAGACCUGGCAGGCACCCCCGAGGCCAGGGGGCAGAGGCAGGCUGUCUCCCCGGGCUGGGCAGACCCCACCGAAGCACAGUCGGCGGGGCAACCCUCUCCCGGUGGAUAGGACGGUGCUGCUGCUUGGUGUUCUCUUUUCAUAUUUAUACGCUGGGGGAAGGCUUGGUGAUGGCACCUGCCCCCGCCUCUGUUUAUUCUGUACACUCAGACCUGUAAAUAAAGUUUAGCAUUCCGAUUGUAACAGAUUAAUUAAUUUUUAUGCGAUAAAUUAUAUUUCCUAGUCUAAUAAAAAAAUUAAAACAA